GAGACAACAUCCCGGACCCAAAGUUGGUCCCACUGGUUCCUCCAGUAUAAUUCAUUUUUUCAUUAGUUUUAUUCGACAAGUGGCACCCUCAUUCGAACUACAUAAUUGAAAAACAAGAACCUGGUGAACCCGGGAAAUAAAUUCAAGUGAUAUUGUAAACUCAAGGUCAUGUUUCGCCAGAGGGAGGUUCCGGUAACAAUCGCUGCCCUUCUAUUGGUGAUUUUUUGGAUUGGUGCAGAAGCAAGUGGUAACGAGGCAUCAGAUGACGCUCUUACUGUCUUUGCUGCAGAUUUAGACAAACGAGGACGAGAAGACCGACAAAUUUUAAACUUUAAAAAAGAUGGCGGUCCUCCUGGAAAAUGUUUAACUUCAAAAGGCGAAGUUGGUCAAUGCACGACCUUCAAAGAAUGCUACCCUUACUUUAAAAUCCCAGACCUAGGUGUUCUUGACGGUUGGGUCUUGGGUGUCUAUGAUAGCUGUAGUUAUCUUCGGUCAGAUGGACUACCAGCUUUUGGAAUUUGUUGUGCUGAUUAUCAGCCCACUUCCCCUUUACCAGAUAUAGAGGAGGAAGUUCCAGUUGAAAAUCCAGACGAGAUAACUGAAGUAGAAGACCAAGGCAAAAUCGAAGGUAUGAGACCACGACCACAGCCUGCUGCAGCUGCAUGGCCACCUCCACUUCCAACUCAUCCACCUCAUCACACGCUUAUUCCUCCUCUGCCAACACAUCCACCCCCAUUGGCAGCAGUUCCAGAAGAUGAUUCUGAAAUAAAACCCACUCCAAAGCCUAUUGCCAAACCGCCAAGUGCAACCUGGCCAACCAAAAAACCUCCCUACUGGGUAACAACGACGCCAGCAGCACCAGGCUCACCAGCAGGGUUACCAGCAGGGUUACCAGCAGGGCUACCAGCAGGAUUACCGGGAUUCCCGGGAGCAUUGCCAACUGCUCCAACGAUACCUUCCACAAAACCUCCCACUAAACCUCCAACUCCUGCACCUACUUCUUUUCCCAUCCUUUCAGCUUCCUGUGGGGCCAAAAAUGGAAAUCAGAUGAUUGAUACGGAUCGAAUCGUCGGAGGAGAAAAUGCCAAACUUGGAGAAUGGCCCUGGAUUGCUGCACUUUUUAAUGCCGGACGGCAAUUCUGUGGCGGAUCUCUUAUCGACGAUAUUCACAUUCUCACCGCAGCUCACUGCGUCGUUAACAUGAAUUCCUGGGACGUUGCAAGAUUGACUGUUCGCCUUGGAGAUUACAAUAUAAAAACACCCACCGAGGUUCGGCAUAUCGAGAGACGAGUCAAGAGAGUCGUUCGACACAAAAAUUUCAACUCGCGCACUUUAUACAAUGAUGUUGCGCUUUUGACUUUAAACGAACCCGUCGAAUUUACAGAACAAAUCAGACCUAUUUGCUUGCCUACUGGGUCACAACUUUACAAUAAUCAAGAUGCAACUGUGAUUGGAUGGGGAUCACUCAGAGAAAGUGGACCUCAACCAGCAAUUUUGCAACAAGUAACAGUUCCAAUCUGGACGAAUUCACUCUGUAAAUCGAAAUACGGAGCAGCCGCCCCAGGUGGAAUAGUCGACAGUUUCCUCUGUGCGGGUAAAGCACAGAGGGAUUCCUGUUCCGGUGACAGUGGAGGUCCCUUGAUGGUAUUCGACGGCCGCUGGACCCAAGUUGGAAUCGUGAGCUGGGGAAUCGGAUGCGGCAAGGGCCAGUAUCCAGGCGUUUACACGAGAGUCACGCACUUCCUGCCUUGGAUAAACAAAAAUCUUCAGUAAGAGCUGCCGAGUCAUAAUCACGUUGAAAUUGUCAGUUUCCGCCAGGCGACUUCUUUUUUCCCUCGUGGAUCUGAAACCUUGAAACCUUGAAAUCUUGAAACCCAACCGGUCCUCAGAAGAUGAUUAUGGUAAUCGUGGCUCGAUUCCAAGACACUGGGGGAACGACGGAACAUUAAAUGAAAUUAAUGAAACGAAAGGAAGAUUUAAGUACUAGCUUUGAAGAAAAUAUUGCGUCCGACGAUUAGCAGGAAUUGAAACUUCAUUUCUAAAGCAAUCAUUUAAAAUAGAUUUGACUUUAUCGGAAGGAUUUUUGUCUUAAAUUAAGGGCGAUAAUUACUCAGUUUAUUUAUUUGUUUAAUAGUAUUGACUAUUGCCAUAUUUCUUCAAGUUCUAUUUAAAUGUGCGAACUUGAGUCGAAGUUGAGAGUAGUAGGAAAUGAGGAUUGAGAUUUUUAGUUGUAGAUUCGAUUUUUAAUUAAAAGCAG